AUGAGCAGGGUAAGUGUAAAGGGAGUUGAGCUGCUGUCCCAGUGGCUGUUGGUCCUACUGGUCCUACUCGUACCCCGACAUGGGAACACACACCCCCAGUGCCUGGAUUACAAGCCCCCCUUCCAGCCACAGGAGCCUCUGGUCUUCUGUAAGGAGUACGCCAAGUUUGGUUGCUGUGAUUUGGAGAAAGAUGACAAGAUCUCCCAGAACUUCUACAAGAUCAUGGACUACUUUGACUACUCAGGUUACAUGACCUGUGCGAAAUACAUACGCACCAUCCUCUGUCAGGUAAAUUGAAGUCUGUCAGUAGUCGGAUGUUAGCUUAUGCCUCCUUACCUAAAACAGUCCACAAAAUUGCAGGAUAUUUGUAGACUGGAUUAUCUUUUUGAAUGGUUUUAAAUCUUUUUCACUUGUUAUAAAAUUCUAAUUCAUCACAGGACCUAAAAAUUUUUUUGAUACAGAUUAAGAUAUCACAUUUUCAUGAAACUGUAUUUCAAUUCCGAUUUUUACACAGUGGCACCCCCUGCACUACUGAAAUGUAUGUGAACAUCAUGAUAAUUACAUAACCCAGGCCUUUCCAAAUGUGCACGCUGUAGAUUGGAACAAAUUACAGUUGGAGGUAUUAUGUAAGGCCUUGCCUUGUCUGUUCGACCAUGAGAUACGACAGCACUCUUACCAAUGGUGGGUUUUGGGGCCCGGAACCACAGCACCACAACAUAAUUACUGUAAAUGGAUGACUUAUUUCUCCUCUCCAAUGAUGAUAAUUCCAGACCAUGUGAACGUGUCCUCAGCUUUGCUUGGUUUUGGAUCCAGUGGAAGUCACAGGAGGUUGGUGGCACCUUAAUUGGGGAGGACGGGCUCAUGGUAAUGGCUGGAGCGAAAUCAGUGGAAUGGUAUCAAAUACAUCAAAUACAUGGUUUCCAUGUGUUUGAUGCCAUUCCAUUGACUCCGUUCCAUUAUUAUGAGCCGUCCUCCCCUCAGCAGCCUCCUUUGGUGGAAGUGAGCUGUUGUGCUCGGCUCUCAGCUCUCCUAUCAGCCAUGCUGAGAUACAGGCAGUGUGGUCAGUGGCUGGAGACCCAAUGCCCACGGCCACUUAGCCAGGGUAAACUCUGCUCAAUGAUGCCCUUUGUCCGGACAGUUGUCUUAGAUACAGGGGGCUGCUUGUGAUCUGUCAAGAGGUCCACUGACCACCAGCCAAACAUCAAUUUCCUGUGUGGCCACUGAACAGGAUAUACAGUAUCAUAUUUCCACUGAAAUAGUUGAAGGAACUAUAACUUCUACUUGUGGUAGGAUUGACUAUUACAAAACAAUUAGUAACAAUGACGUCAACCAUUUAACUCAAUAUAUCCUAUACCUCCUUCCCAAUGUUGGAAGCUGAGAGGUCUCACAUUUACAGUGAUCGUGGCAAAGUGGAACUCUGAAGGGUUGUCCUAUAUGAUGUGGCACAUGUGCACUCUUUCAUUACCUCCCACCCCUUUUGGAAGGAGGGCCUUUUUAGAGGUUUCUUUGAGUGUAUUUAUGUUGACUUUGGUGACUCAUGGAGGAAAGGAAACCAACACACACAGCUUUAACCCUACCAGCUCACCCUGCACUGUGUACUUAACCAUUUUACUACAGUCCUUCUUUACUCUCUCACAGUGUUUGUGGGUGUGCGUGUGGUAGUGCUAGUCUAGGGAUGUUUCCACGCUAAAAUGUACAAUUUGUAACAUCACAUCUGGUUGCCAUCUCUGUGAACAAAAGGCACGUGGAGUUAAAUUUGACGGAUUGCUGUUGUCAGAGCUCCCCAUCCCAUCCAACACCAUUCUAAAUUACAGUGUUUCCAAAGGAUUUCAACAGAACGUUAUAGUUGGCGAAGGGACUGCAUUAUCAGGGCUGCCUGCAGUAGAGGCCAGAGGAGUCAACACCCAUUUGACGAAACAAGAUGAAACAGGGCAAAGAACAAUGCUCAGGGCCCAGUUUAAAAAGAAAUAUCUAUCUGGAUUAGGAUUAAAUGCAUAGAAAUAGAAUGACUAGAACCGUCAAAUCAUUGACUUGAAUGGGGACUCCCAUUCUAUUCAUUCUAUUUUAUAUCCAUUUAAUCCUAUCUGAUAGGUGAAAUCCAUAUAAAUAAAAUUGGCCCUGUUGAUUUUGGGCUGAAUUAGACAAUACAUUAUAUGGUUAGGGGUAGCACUGGUAUGUUUAUUUCAGAGAGUCAUAGAAGGGUAAUUGCAACCUAGAUGUUUGUGUCUAUGUUCGGCGUAGUUCAAUAGCAUCUUACAUUCAGACUCAGAGAUUCACGUUUUCACCUUGGAGUGCAAUUGAACCAAAUAAGCAUGGCAUGAUAUCAAUCCUGCUUUGCAUAGCUUCACUGAACACUGUGCUCUUUGAUACCAUUUCUCUGGAUAGUUCCAUGACAUGUACAAAGGAAAUGGGACUCAGCAUGGCUGGGUUUGUUUGUAAAGACUUGAAAGGGGUGGCACCCUGCUAGGAGAUAGCUGGGAAACUAUUUAAGAUCUGCAGAAACAAAUGAACCCCUCAACAAGAGCCAAAUCUAGAUAUUUUAAGAUCUAACGGAAAUUAUGUUGUAUGUAAAAAAUACAUCAUUCACUCCAAGGUGCUAUGACGUGAUAUAUCUUACAUUUUGUAUACAAUCAAAGCAUUUCAUGCAUGCUUUUAUGUUCCUUUUAGCAGCUAUAUGCCCACAUUUGUCAGCUCUUACCUACUAGUUUUAUACUGUACCCCCAAGUCAGACACAUAGUGUGACUGUGAAUAACACAUACCACCUCCAGAUUACCCCCUUUUUGUUUUUGUCACUGCCUGACAAUCAUGUGAUUGCAUAAUCCACCCAGCAAUUUAUGGUCAGCAACAGAUUUCAACCCCGAGUUGGCCAGUGCUGUUGAUGUUAAAAGUUUUGAUGUUGAGUUUUUGAGCAGUGUCUGAUGGCACCUUUGAGAGAGCAUAUCCCAGAUUGAAAUAUAAAGAAAUACAAAAUUACUCAGCAGAACUCCAGAACACAUUAUGCCCCCUUUGCAUUAGACUUGGAAUCAUAUAUAUAUAAUCAAUCAGAGUCUUUGUAACAGAAUUGUCUCUUUCAGUACCAGUUGUUACAGUGUUUAUAUGUUUUGCGUCAUUGUCCCAAUGGUUUACCAGUGUCUAAAUGGGUGUAAUUUUGUGGCUUUGACUUAAUAAGGGAUUGGACAUUCCAAGAUGCAUUUAAAGAGGCCUUAUUUAUAGCCAGAAUAGUCAUUACCAGCUGGUCUGGUGAGUACUGGGAGGAGAAGAGGACAUGAUGAAUUUCAAACGUUUUCUAACCUAUGGAGAGUUCAUCAUGAUAGCUGCACAAUAUCAUGAACAGACAUGGCAUAGUAUUAACCUGUAGAUUAUGCUUUUGAAGUUUCAAUAUGAGAUUGCACAAAUCAAGUGGCUAUAGCCUACAGCUUAAGUGAUGGCUCAUUAUGAAAGUUAUCAGCCGAUAAGGUAGGUCUACUGAUCAUGGAGUUUUGCUCAUAAGUAUGUGUAGUCCGAACCCCAAUAGCUCUGCCACUUUUCAAACGAGGUUUCCUUAUCCUUGCAGGAGUGCUCUCCCUACUCUGCUCACCUGUACGAUGCUGAGGAUGCCAAUACGCCCAUGAGGGAGCUGCCAGGCCUGUGUGGAGACUACUGCUCUGAGUUCUGGCACCAGUGCCGCUACACCAUUAGUCUGCUCACCGACAACAACGCCACGGUGGGCAUAGAGGAGGACCGCAAUAAGUUCUGUAACUUCCUGGAGCUCAAAGACAGGGAGUACUGCUACCCCAACGUGCUCUCCGACGGCAAGCUCAAUGCCAACCUGGGAAAUGUUCGGGCGGACCCCGAGGGCUGCCUGCAGCUGUGCCUGCAGGAGGUGGCCAACGGCCUGAGGAACCCGGUGGCCAUGGUCCACGCCGACGACGGGACCCAUCGCUUCUUUGUGGCCGAGCAGCUGGGCUACGUGUGGGCGUACCUGGCCAACGGCUCCCGUAUUGACCGGCCCUUCCUCAACCUGACCAAGGCAGUGCUCACCUCGCCCUGGGCGGGGGAUGAGAGGGGCUUCCUCUGCAUGGCCCUCCACCCGCGCUUCACAGUGGUGCGGAAGGCCUACGUCUACUACUCUGUUUCUGUGAAGAAGGAGGAGAGGAUCCGCAUUAGUGAGUUCACACUGUCCGCUGAUGAUAUGAACCAACUAGACCACUCCUCAGAGAGGUAAGAGAAGUAUCACCAAAUGGCAUGGACUGAAUCAGAACCUGUGGUGUCAUCGGCUCCAUUCACAUGCAUGUAUUUGACAUUUUGAAACAAUACAAAUCUGAAUGAACCAGCAGAUUUGAAAUAGAGAUCUGCAACUACACUCAUCCUAUCAGAUUCUAAUUUAGUGAUGUUUAGUCAUGAGUGGUUUUCUUUGUAGAACUAUUUUGGAAGUGGUGGAACCUGCCUCUAACCACAACGGGGGCCAGCUUCUCUUCGGGCACGAUGGCUACCUCUAUAUCUUCAUCGGCGAUGGGGGAAGAGCAGGGGACCCCUUUGGCAAGUUUGGGAACUCCCAGAAUAAGUGAGUCACUGUGCUCUAUACAUUUCAAAUGAAUUCAGGGGAAACAAAUAAGGGGGUGACAUUUGGUAUAUAUCUAGCCUUCACCCCAUGUUGAUGUUCUUUGAAGGUCAGAAUGAUAUGUUCGCUUCAGAGACCUACAUUCUCAAAGAGUUUAAGAUAUAGUUAUCAUUCAACUAAGGACACCUAAACAGUGGUGUUGGAGUAUUAGUGCUAGUAGUGGACGGAAACUUGGCUCUUUACACUUAUUUACAGUGAUUUACCACAAAAAAUUACAGGAAAAAUAGGGGUUCAAAAAGUUCAACCUAUAGCGUGACAUCUUUGAUUAUGCCAGGAGAGAUUUAAGCUACAGCAAAGGGACCACAGGGCACAAUUAGUAUUUUAGUGUGUUUGUAAACUGAAGUACUCAACCUUCUCAUAUGAUACUAUAGUGAUACAUGAUUCUAUUUUUAAAGAAUGGAAAAUCCUGUUGCCUGGUAAAUGUCUAGUAAUUAUUAUAUUCAUGGUUGACUAAUACAUGUCAUAGAUUAACUUUAUCUCUGAGCUGUAGUCACUUAGAUUGUCAUAAACAAGUUUAAUAUUCCAGAAGAUGAAUUGACAUAUUCAUGGAUUAAAGCGCAACGUUUUCCAAUUACAUUUAUACAGGACCUUCAGCAAUGCCGCUCAGCAGCUAUCCAGGAAAGUGUGAUUUUAUGACCUUACUUGUCAAUGGUGCCAAUGUUACAUUGGGAGAGAAUCUGUAUGACCUCAACCCCUGAGCAUUUGACAUGACAAACAUUCAGCUCAACGCUAUGUGUACAUUCAUGCAGAUAUAGUUGUUCACAAUAUUAGCCUUGGCACUGUAGGUUUAGCUUUCUCCUGGCAGGGGCUAGGGCAGUGGUUGGCAGUACCCAGAAUCUACAGAGUGUCACAGGGCCAUUCAGAAACGACUCAAAGGCAGCCUAAAACAUUCAGCUGAAAGUGACCUACCUCUAUAAUUAUAAUACAAUGGCAGAAUAGUACACACAGUGACUCUUCUUUGGAGAAAAACAUCACUGAGCUUUGGACAGUCUGUGUUUUAGAAUGCAUUUUUAUUUUGAACCAUGGGCAAGGACAGGGCCUAACCUUGCCAGUCAGGAUGCAAGUGAGUGCCACCCACAAACCGGGUUGGUGCGUUGGUCAGUGGCCAGAGUCUGGAACUGCAGUGCCAGGCCAAAUGUAAUAUUUAUGGAGAAUGUUGUCGGACGAUGUCUGGCCUUUUCGUACCAUGUGAUAAUUACUACAGUCUUGCAUAGUUGAGUUUAAAAAAGAUGUUUACCCCUCCUUUUAAAGACCUGAGUGGAGGUAGAAUAUCUGCUAUUCUGUUCAGAAUAUUAGGACGUAGAUGUAAAUGUAGUGCAGAAGAGGAUGGUUGGAGCAGCUAUAGGAGGACAGGCUCAUUGUAAUGGCUGGAAUGGAAUAAAUGGAACAGUAUCAAACAAAUCACAAAAAAGAAUGAAAACACAUGAUUGACUCCGUUCCAUUAAUUCUAUUCCAGCCAUAACAAUGAGCCCAUCCUCCUAAUUUCAACAGCAGCAAGACGUACAGUAAGAGCAGGUGCUCUAAAUCAAACCUUGUUAUGCGUUAUUCUCAGAAGAGGGUUAUGUCUAGUUCAUAGUUGGGUAGCUCUAGUGUAUAGCAGAAUUCAUGCACGCAGAAAUAGAGGGAUCUUUACAUCACAGCUUUACCCCGGGGGUGGUACUUAUGGUAAAGGCAUUCUAUUGCGUUGCAUUGGGUGGAAACAUCCCUUUCAGCUCAUCCCAGAAGAAGAAAGAUCAGCAGACGGUUUCUUGACAGCCAAUGAGUGGGAGGCCAGGGAUAUGAGGGUUGUGGGACCUGCCAAAGCUAAUAUUUACACAAGACGCUGUGGGCCGCAUAAUAGUAUGUGUAUAUGUGAGAGAGAGAGAGAGAGAGAGAGAGAGAGAGAGAGAGAGAGGUCCCAAUCUCAUCACAGAUAACUUCAGCAUUUUAGCUAAUUAGCAACUUUUCAUCUACUUACUUUUUUUUUGCUACUUUGCAACUACUUAGCAUGUUAGCUAACCCUUCCCCUAUCCCAUUUAGCUAACCCUUCCCCUAACCUUAACCCUUUUAGCUAACCCUAACCUUAACCCUUUAAUCUAACUCCUAAAUUUAACCCUAACCCCUAGCCUAGCUAACGUUAGCCAGCUAGAUAAUGCUAGCCACCUAGCUAGAAUUCAUAAUAUAUCAUACAUUUUGCAAAUUCGUAACAUAUUGUACAUUUUGCAAAUUCAUAACAUAUUGUACGUUUGGCAAAUUCGUAAUGUAUAAUACAAAUUGUAAUUUGAACAUAUCAUACGAAAUGGGUGAUGAACAUCCACAAAUUAAUACAUACCAUACGAAACGUAACAUAUCAUACUAGAGUGUCUCAGAUUUACGUAGAGACUAAUACAAAAUGGUCUGAGACCAGGUUGGAUACACAUACACAAAUUAAAAACAAUGACAGAAGCACACACUAAAAUGCUCGUACAUUUUCCUAUGACUACAACUACAAGUUAAACUCCACCCCUGUGUGUGUAGGUCCACUCUGUUGGGCAAGGUGCUGCGUCUCGAUGUGGACAACAACGAUGACGUGGACCCCUACAGCAUCCCGUCAGACAAUCCUUUCCUGGGGGAGAAGGGCUCGCUGCCUGAGAUCUAUGCCUACGGGGUGCGCAACAUGUGGCGCUGCUCCAUCGACCGGGGCGACCCCAUCACCAGGCAGGGCCGUGGCCGACUGUUCUGUGGAGAUGUGGGGCAGAACAAGUUUGAAGAGGUGGACCUCAUCGUCAAGGGUGGCAACUAUGGCUGGAGAGCCAAGGAGGGCUUCUCCUGCUAUGACAACAGGCUGUGUCGCAACUCCUCUCUUGGUGAGUAGGCUAUUCCUCCUACAGGCUUGGUAGAAGUGGCAGGCUGAUUCUCUAUGAAGCAUCAGUUCAUUAGUUGGUGAAGAGGUUCAGAUAUUUAUUAAAUCUCUUAAGCAGUGUAAAAUUCUUGCAGCAUGUUUCCAAAGCAAGAUAGAUGUAUUAUUGUGUUAAAUGUUUUCUCCUCAGAUGACAUCCUGCCUAUUUUUGCUUACCCCCACAAACUGGGGAAGUCAGUCACUGGAGGCUACAUAUACCGCGGCUGCCAGAUGCCUAAUCUCAAUGGCCUCUACAUAUUUGGGGAUUUUAUGAGUGGGUGUGUGUUUAUACAAUAUAACCUACAUUUUUCCAAUGUUAUACUGAUUAAUAUGCUUAAAAUGUUUAAUAGAUUGUCAUGCAUCGAAAAAGAGUUGAUAGACAAAUGUUCUUAACAUUGAAAGAUCAUUGCCAAAUGUUUCAAAUGCAUAAAAACAAUAGCAUUACAAUAGUUUUUUUUGGCCCUUAAACUCUCUUGACACAUGCACAAUCUGAGUGACUCCUUCUCUGCCUAGGCGCCUGAUGUCACUGAAGGAGAACCAAAGCACUGGGAAGUGGGAGUACAAGGAGAUCUGUAUGGGAAAAGGCCAGACGUGCCGAUUUACCAAACUUAUCAACAGCUAUUACAAAUACAUCAUCUCCUUUGCUGAAGAUGAGGCAGGUAACCUUGACAACAAGCUUUGCAUGUUUUUGUGUCUCUUUGUGUUUUGUUCGUACUGAUCCGUACAUGAAAAGGCCAUUAGGGGAUGCAUGCUGCUUGUGAAUUCACUCACCAAAGACAACCAUGGAAAAUGAGUUAUUUCAUGAUAAGCGUCUGCUGCUUUUGAACAGAAAUAAAGAAAUAAAAGCCCAGUGGUGUACCACUUAGUAGUGCAUGCUCUUUAGCUUCAGAUAAGUUUCAAAAAGCAACCUUGUUCAGAAUGCCUGACUUCAAAGCUGAUUUGAGUAAAGUGGGAAGGGGUUCAAAAGAAACAGGUUGUCUUCAUUUCACUUUGACAGUGCUGCAUAUCUUUGUACUGGGUCUUAGAUCAUUUUUCCCUCUUGUUUCUAGGGGAGCUGUACUUCCUGGCAACGGGAGCUCCCAGUGCGUCUGCCAGAGCGGGGGUGAUCUAUAAGAUAGUGGAUCCAUCCAGGUAUUAAACAAGUGUCACAAUGUCCCAACAGCCAUCUCGGAUUAAUGGCAGAUUCCCAAAACAGACAUACCUUUGCCAGAUAUACUAAUGUCUAUUGUCCAUCCAAUUAUGAAUGUGGUCUUCAAUCCCCCUGUGUUUGUUUAGUACAUCUCAUACUUUAACUGUAUAAUCAGCAAAUGUAAUCGCUCUGUGUCACGCUAAGGGAAUAUCUGCUAAAUCCUUUACCCUAAAUGCAAUUUACUGAAUAUAAUGUGCUUAUCUAUGAUAUAAUUGUUAUUCAUGUGGUUAUGAUAACAUAUGAUUAAAACUACACUAUACUGUAUUAGUCGGAGAUAGUUGUCAUGGGCAGCAUUGGAAUAAAUUGAUUGUUUGAUGGAUUUCUCUUUCCAUCUAGGAGAGCACCUCCAGGCAAGUGCAGCUUCAAGCCCACUCUUGUCAAGAUUAAGGGCAAGCUGAUUCACUUCCACCCGAAGGAGGGUAAGUGACACCACAAACAAACACGCGUUGCUUUGCAGGCUAUCAUGAGUCAUAACACAUCUCGGUCAGUUGGAGUGCUCUAAAGGGCUGUUCCUCUCACUUGACUUCCUCUCUACAGAGUUUGUCAUUAACAAGAAGCCGAUGACCACCGCUGCGCCCACUACCACUUCUAGAACAACAGCUACUACCAUGCUCCGUACUCCUCCGACCACCAUGCGCUCUACGACGACGAGACCUACCUACAGACCUCUAACUGCAACCCUUGCAAAGACAAGGGCUACAGUUAAACCUUCAACGAUGAGGGCUACUAUUAAACCUCUAAUGACGAGGGCUACUGUUAAACCUCUAAUGACGAGGGCUACUGUUAAACCUCUAAUGACGAGGGCUACUGUUAAACCUCUAAUGACGAGGGCUACUAUUAAACCAGUAACAACACCUUCCAACCCCACCUCAAUGCAGCAGAGGCCUACAGGAACCGCUACACAUGCACUGACCACCUCAUGGAGGCAGGUAAUGACGGCCAGGCCAGGUCAUGCCACCACUCCUUCCCGGCAGAGGCCGUCGUUGUCCUACACCAGGCCCACUGUUACCCCGAAGCCCCGACCACUGUUGACAACUGGAGCCAGAAGGCCCUCUCCACCAACAGCACAACCCUUGACCCGACCACAACCACACGCCACGGUCAGACCCUCACCACUAGAGGUUACGACCAACCGGCCCCAGACCACACCAAGGCCCAUGUACUGGACAGCUGCAACAAAGCCCACCACCCAGAAGCCUAACUUCACCCUCUCAAAGGCCCAGGACAAGUUCCUGAAAGGCCAGAGUGACAAGAUAGACCGUUCCACAAGGAACCGGGUCAACAAGAAGGACCGGGGCUCCAAACCGGGGAAGCAGCGGCGCAGGAAGCACCGGGCUGGGUCUGUGCGGCUGAUCAGUACAGAGCAGCUAUCGGACCGUGGGCGGGUGGAGAUUUACAUACGGGGGGAGUGGGGCACAGUGUGUGAUGACUUGUUUAGCAGUAAAGCGGCGACGGUGGUGUGCCAGCAACUAGGCUUCCCUGUAGCCCUGCGUGUGGCUAAACGGGCGGAGCUGGGGGGCGGCAGUGGCAGUAUCCUGCUAGAUGAUGUGGAGUGUGAAGGCACAGAGAGGACGUUACUGGACUGCAAACGGGCAAAGGUGGGCAAGCACAACUGUGCACAUGAUGAGGAUGUGGGGGUGGUGUGUGGCUACCACCACGAUGAAGAUAAAUAA